UUGCCUUGAGUGUUCUUUUGUCUUUAGGGUGUAAUGGUGGCCAGGAAUACUAAUUAACCAGUGACUGAACCUUUCCAGACACAGGUGUCUUAAUACUACUAUCACUUGAGACACUUUCAUUGCACUCAGGGGAUUUCCAUUUCACUAAUUGUGAGACUUUUAGUACCAAUUAGCUGGACCUCUUUCAGGUCAGUCACCUUAAGGUGGGUGAAUAUUCAUGUAAUCACUGUGUAUGUGUUGCCUGUUGUACCGGGAUCCCUGAUGGUUUCCUUGCUCAUGUUUCUGGUGGAUUGUUGUUGUUUUUUAUGUUAAACACAAUAGCACCAUGAGUGAAGUUAUCCCUUGGGUUAAGCAAUCAUAAAGGAUCCUAUGGAUAUACUAAGACCAUAUAAUGAGGAGUAACUGACCAUCUCCUUGGUAACUAAUAGCUGACUAAAAGCCGGUUUUUGUGUAGGUUCCUUAGCUGUUAGUUAGUUAGUUAUAUGUUACUUUUAAACUCUGCCUUCCUCUUUGGACCUAAUCAUAAAGUUUUACCCAGUAUUUACUCCAUGUAAAACCCAUUUAACAUUGCUGUAAUGAUGCAGAUCAAAUAAAAACAAUAUUUUCUUUGCCUGCCCAGCUGUUGCACUCUGGGACUCGUCCAUUCAGGCCAAAUCCCAACACACAAAUACAAACACAACGUGAGUGUCACUCAAUCCGCACAUGAGAGACACAUCCUCCAUGUUCCCUCCCUCAAUCAUUCCUCGCUCUCUGAUCUGUAAAGUCAAGUCCAGGUCCAGCUGUUUGGACCACAGUCCCAUCCCUCUGCUUCCUGGGUGUCCCUGCUUUCCCUUUCGUCUAUCCUCCCCCAGGGAUCGGUUAAGACCUCCUCCAGCACUUCAUCCACCCCAGACCAAGAGCCUCAGCUGCUCUCUCACUCUCUGCUUUUUAAAAAUAGGCCCGGACAUCAGCCUGGACAGCUCAGAGACCUGGAUGCAUCAUGGGGAUUUAGGAAUGUCUCCCAGAUCCUUCAUAUCUGUGUGAAUCCUCUCAGUACUUAUCUUUAUGUCUGUGUUCAUGUGAAGAUAGAUCCAGUUUAACAAACUAAAGAGGAGAUCUUCUGUCCAGAUGAGAGAGUGGACUGAGUGGGAGAUGAGUUUUUCAGCAGGAGGGUUUCUAUCCUCCACGGAUGGGUACUGCACCACAGAGCCGCUCCAGUACUACGAUAUGCUGGCAGACCCUCUGGGCUACCCCCUGCAGGACCCAGACCUCCAGCUGCUCCCAUACAGCCAACAACAGUACAGCUCUGCCAACCUGCCCUUCCCCCUCUACGGCUCUCCCCCCUCCUCUACUUCCUCUCCCUCUUCCUCCUCUUCCUCCUCACAGCCGUGCCAUCCUCAGUACCACUACAGCCCUCACUACCUGGAGCCCCCCUGUGACCCCAGUCCAGAGCCUCUCUGUGGGGGUCUGGUUCAAGGGCUCGGGGUGGUGGGGAUCCCUCUGGGGCGGAGGACUCGGGUGGGGUUAGGAGGGAAGGGCAGGGGUCAGGACGAGCUGUGUGUGGUGUGUGGAGAUAAAGCUUCAGGGUAUCACUACAACGCUCUCACCUGUGAGGGAUGCAAAGGUUUUUUCAGGCGUAGUGUGACUAAAAAGGCGGUGUAUCACUGUAAGAGCGGUGGUGGGUGUGAGAUGGACAUGUACAUGAGGAGGAAGUGCCAAGACUGCCGACUGAGGAAGUGCCGCGCUGUAGGGAUGCUGGCUGAGUGUCUUCUGACAGAGGUGCAGUGUCAGUCCAAACGACUCAGAAAAGGAGGUAAAGGCAGAGGACAGGAGGAGGAGGAGGGAGCAGACAGCAGGAAGGUCAGCUCUACCAGCAGACUACCUGGACAGGCUCUGUCGUCCAGUCUAAGUAGAGAGCAGAAGUACAUUGUAGAGAGGAUGGUGGAGGCCCACAGACUGUACAGAGCUCAGGACAGCAGCCACUGCAAGCUGUUUGAGUGGCCCUGCACGGAGGAAGGGGAGAGUCUUUCUGAUGUUUUAUCACCAAACCUGCAACGAUUGCUGCAGUUCGCCAGGGCGGUACCAGGUUUUGACCUCCUGGAUUUCUCCGAUCAGAGCUCUCUGCUGUCCGUCUCCUCUCUGGAGGUCAUGUUUCUCCUCUCUGCUCAGCUAUUCUCACACAACCCAACCAGCCCCAGUCCAGCCCUGCAGCUUUUCAGUAUGUCCACACACAACUGGCUGAGAAAUGUAGAGUCAAAGGAAAACAUCCACAGUCAGACGCAGGUCAACUCAGGAGGCAGUGAGGAUCUCUUCAGCCCUGUGCUCAACUUCUUCCACAGCAUGGCGACACUAAGAGUGACGGAGGCUGAAUACGCACUGCUCACUGCUACAGCUCUGCUCUGCUCAGACCGUGCAUCCCUGCAUGCUGCAAACUGUGUUGAGAAAAUGCAGGAACUCAUUCUAGACCUGCUGUCGAGAGUGUGUGGGGCCCAGGCUGGAGCUGCACGAGGGGGACCACAGAGGUUUGGCCGCCUGCUGGGCAGACUGACGGAGCUACGAACCCUCCGUCACAACUACCUCCUCCUUAUGAGACAGCAGCCGGGACUCUGAAAAUAUUGAAAACCAGCGCAGUCAUCUCUGUGGAGUUUGUGUACAAAUAUAAAGACUUGUGGGACCUGUGUGAGCAGAGAAAUAGAACAACUAUUCAAGCAAUUCAGAUUUUAAAAAUCAAACUUAACUGAAUUUUUUGGCUCUGUUGUUGAAUUACUGACACAAAUUCAACAAUUCAGUCCUUUAAUUCUGCAGCCCUUUUAUUUCAGAUUGUGUAUUAAUGUGGUAAUGGACAUUUGUAGUAUUUUAUAGUAGGUCUUUUUAUAAAUGUUGUAUACAGCUUACAUGUACACAUUUGUUUUUAAGGAGAAGAAAUGUUACAUUAAAAAUAUGUAAACCUUG